GCUGUCAGUGACUCAGCCCUUCAAACCGUUGAACGCCUUUUUUCUCUCGGAAACGUUAAUCUGCGCUCUCGGACUCCAGCUCGUCAGACGGCAUUGAUGCUGGCGGCUCGUCACGGCGCUGCACAGAUUGUCGCGCUAUUGCUAGCAUGCCGUGCUAACGUCAAUUUGCAGGAUGCCUCUGGCAAUACAGCACUCAUGUGUGCCGCUGAGCAUGGCCAUACACAAGUGGCCUGUCACCUUUUGGCCAGACCUGAGUUAGAUCUCACAUUGCGUGAUAAUGAUGGAAAAGAUCCGAUGGAGGUUGCGAAGUCUGCCAAGCAGGAUGCGAUAGUUGAGCUUAUCCGACAACGAAUUGAGCAUGGCCACAUAUCGGAUCUCUAA